UUUUGAUAAAUAAAAUAAGUAAUGGAUAAUAGCUUGAGAAAGACAAGGAAGAUGCAUUUUUAUCCUCCAGCUAGAGCUAUUUUGCCUAAACAGGCUAAUCCUGGGAAGCCAGAGGAAGCAACUGAAAACCAAUUAUUCAGACAGUCAGGCCAAGUGCCGAAGCACAAGUUUUCUCCAGAGCCUUGGCCACCUCACCGUUUCCAUCAGGGAGACCCACAAGAUCUGUUUAUUCUCAAAGGAGGUACAAAAGGAUACUCAGAUGUUCCUAAGAAAGGAAGUGCAGUCCAUGAUAAAGAUUACUCUAAUUUUUAUGGCAUGAAAGACCAAACUUCAUACAGAAAUGCUACAGAGAAGGCCAGAUUUGGAGAAAAUGUAAUGAGAUUUUAUGGCACAGGGGCUGGAUUAAAAGAAAAGAAAGAAAGAGAUAAAGAAACUAUUUCACUUGCUUCUACUAAAUUCAACUUCACCGAUCCUCCUGAUACCAAAAAGGUCACAUUUGGAACCCUCGCAAGGAAGACAUUACAACAAGAGAAGAAAGAUUUUGGAAAGAUCACCAUGACUUACCACGAAGCUUUCGAAAGAGUUCAUGGGGACAACCCCAAAAAGUCUCAAACUACGACUGCUAAAAGAAUAAAUUUCAUGUAA